AUGUGUACCGUACAAUCAGAUGCUGAAGCUGCAGAACUGAAAUUCUAUCGCGCUCUGGCCCAGUUCACUCAAGAAACAUGGAGUAACGUCAAUAUGGCAGUACAGUACUCCUUCCAGUUGCUUGAAGCACUUAAUCAAUUACUUCAAAUUAACGCUACACCAUCUGAUCAACUUGUUAGUCAUUUAGCAAUUACAAUUAAUGCAAUUCUUUGUCCUGAUUAUACACUUCUUCAUCCUCUAGAACAACGCAGUAUACCUUCCAAAAACAAUUAUGAUCAUACGAAAAUGGAAAAAGCUUUUUCAAACCUAUACAAUAUUUUGAAUCAAGUUGGCUUUGAACGUGUACAUCGACAAAUUAACGGAGCCCGUUUUUGUACUAAUCCUAACAACUUAUUUAUUUGUCCUCGACGACCUCCUUUGAAAAAGUAUAAAUUCACGCAUCAUAUGUUUGAAUUUCCAGGCAAUCAGAUGUCGAAACAUAUUUCAUUGGAAAAUCUUCAACAUGUUGUUCACAAUAUUGAUGAUCUUUUUUUAAUUAUGAAUUUAACAAGAAAUGAAACAGUUUCCAAGUCGAAUCUAACUACAGCUAUGCAGCAAACUAUGGUAGCUGAAUUCAAAGGAGGCCCACAUCAUGCAUAUCACGGACCUGAUAUGAUUUGGUUUGCACCUCUGCCUCCAGAACAAAGUUCAGAUGAUUCUCAAGCUUUAUGUCCAUCACUUGAUUGCAAAAACUCGUGCUAUGGAUGCUAUCGUUUCUGUAUUCCGUUCGAUUAUUUUCUUAAAUACAAAGCAUAUAUUCUGGGAACACGUAAAUACGAUGAUGAAUACUGCCAUACUAUUAUGUUGACUAAUACCAAUGUUGAAAAUGUAAAGUUCAUUGAAGAACUCAAACCAAAAACGUUGGUCGAGACAAACAUCAUAGCGAAAAUGACUAAUAAAUCGUUUGAAUGGCUCUGCUAUCGUGAUACAGAAAACAAUUGGAGUCAAUUAGAUUUUGCUGUUGCAACAAGUAGUUUGAAAUGUGAUCCUAUAAAAGACCAGAUUCGUCUCGACUUUGUCGAUCACAAGAAUUGCAUGCGUGAAAAAUACACGAGAGAUGGGCCUAAGUGUACAAUACGAUCACGUAAAGAAGCUAUGGAACAAUUCGUAAAGGAACUAAUUAAAAACAAAAUAGAUUUAUCGUCCCUAAAACCCUAUUUUGACGAAAAAGUCUACAAUGAACUACAGAAACUGUGA